CUCUCUUUGGUUUCCGGUGCGCGAGAGUUUUGCCACUUUGCCAUGUGGAGUGGGAUCAGUCCCAAAGGCAGGAGGAAGAGGAUGGCUGCCUCCACUGUCUAUGCUGGCACUAGUGUGCCUUAGGACCAACCAGAAGGUAUCGGGAUAAUAUCUCUGUGAGAUAAACAGCUAUGGUUCAUAUGACACUGGCAAGAAAGGGGAGAAUUGGUUGAAUGAUUGUGUCCUGCCAGGAUGGGCAAAAUUAGACCUAAAGAAACACAAACUCCAUCAGACAACUCUGCGGCUAAACUGGAGAAUCAUGGAAAACAGCACAGGAAGAAGAGAAAGCUAAAAAAGAAAUUAAAAAAGAAAAUCAAAGAAGUGGAGAAGAAAUUGCAAAAAGACUCCAAGCCAACAGCCGAGUUGCCUCCAAAAACCCCUCAGGAGGUUUCAGCUAACUGGAAGGCCUUGCAGGAGCUUCUCAGACAGAAUGCUGCCGUUUUGAAUUCCACUGCACCCAACGAAAGCUCCAAGAAAAGAAAUGGAACCAGAGCAGGAGGAAUUGUCUCCCAAGUCAAGGGAACAGGGACAGUGCUGACCCCCAAGCCUACAGAGAAAGCCCAGAAGAUCUGGGCUGACAUACUCACUCAGCCUGGACAAACAAAAUCUGAAAACAACAUACACAGAAAGAACAUGCCUCUGGCCCAGGGGAACAGAAAAGAGCGCAAGGGAGGCAAACGAAGGGCCAGUGAUGAGAAAGAACACAGGGCUGUUAAGCAGAAAUGGCGGGAAGAGGAAGAGCCAGGAGAGGCCCAGCCAGCAGACAUCUGGUUUGAUGAUGUUGAUCCAGAUGAUAUUGAAGCUGCCUUGGGACCAGAAGCAGCCAAGGUGGCCCGGAAAAAUCUCGGCAUCCGGGAGAAGAGACCCGAGCAGCUGUUAGGCCAGGUGCUGGAGAAAGAGAGAGCUUUUGAAGGUCUGACGAAGGCGGUGGCCAUGGACUGUGAAAUGGUGGGUGUGGGACCUGAAGGUGAAGAGAGCAUUGUGGCCCGUGUGUCCAUUGUGAACCUCUUUGGCAAGUGUAUUUACGACAAGUACAUCAAGCCGACAGAAAAGGUGACGGAUUACAGAACAGCUGUCAGUGGGAUUCGGCCAGAGCACUUGAAGGCAGGUGAAGAUUUUAAAGUUGUUCAAAAGGAGGUGGCCAGUAUCCUGAGAGGACGUAUCUUAGUUGGGCAUGCUCUUCACAAUGACUUGAAGAUUCUGUUUCUUGACCAUCCAAAAAAGAAAACCCGGGACACCCAGAGAUACAAACCUUUCAAGCAGCAAGUUAAGAGUGGGAGACCGUCCCUGAAACUGCUGUGUGAGAAACUGCUGAAUGUGAGAGUGCAGACAUCAGAGCACAGUUCGAUUGAGGAUGCCCAGGCAGCAAUGAGACUGUACACCAUGGUGAAAAAGGACUGGGAAGCAUCACUCAAAGAAAAUUCAAAGACCAAGAAAGAAUGAGCCAGCUUCUUCAGCUUUGUGCUCCUUACUGGACUCCCCCAUUCCCCUGUGCUGACUGGAGAAAAAGCAUGGAGAACUUUAUAGUUGUUCUCUUUAUUCCAAAUUACGUGUCAUACAGAAAUUCAUCUGAAGUAUCAACCUUUUGUGUCGCCCUGUGGGCAGAACAUUGGGAGACUCUCAUGUGGACUGACAAUCAUAUGUAUGGACAUACAGUUUUUCAAAUAUAGUUUUCUUAUCUGCAGUAUUAUUAACUGA